AUUGCUGCCGUUUCUGGUGUCCUUCAUCAUUGGCUUUUUCAUACAGGCUCUGCUCAUAUAUCUGUUUGUGGACUUGCUGCAGCGAUGCAGGGUUAGCCAGAUGGAAUCAUUAAAGACUACGGAGACUGAACGUAUUCUAAUGGAGAACGUCAGCACGCAGGAUUCUCCUGUGGUUUACCCUGAAGAGGUGGAGGAGGUAGAUGAGGGAGAGGAGGCAGACACUGGCCUCCUGCACAGAGAUGCCACUGACCAGGAGCUCCAGGAGAAGCUGGAGCCCAAUCUGCACGUGCUGGGCGUCCUCUUCCUCAGCAAGAACAUGAGCCGUGCCUUCAACUUCAUCCUCCUAUUUCAGUUCAUCUCCAUUGGAAUCAGCUAUGUCCUGGCAGGCAGUGAGGCCUAUGCUGCACUCUUCCACAUCAGUCACAUCUACGUCAUCCCGGCCUUCACGUGGAUACUGUCUCUGGGAAUUCUACUGGCCCAGGUGGUCAUCCAGCCUAUCACAUCACUGAUGACCCUGCUGAAAGGCAUCCUGCUCAUCAUCACUGUGGUGGUGACAUUUGUGGUGGGUUCAGAAGUUCACCAGGAGACCACGAACGACUUCAGCCAAAUUGGGAAGCCGUUCCUGAUGGGGACUGUUGCGCUGGGUGGGAUCGUCAAUGUGAUGCCGUUCCUCUUCUCGGAGAUCUCCCAUAACAAGACACAGAUUUUGUGGUUCCGGAGAAUGCUACUGGGAGGCCUGACGACAUGUACUGUCCUAAAUAUAUUAUGGUGCUGGGCAGUGCUGGAGAUCGUUCCUCAGAUGUCAGUGCGCAGUGUGGAGGGAGGAGGAGAAUUCAACUCCAGCGGCGUCCUGAUGCAGACACGGGGUUUACCAGCAACACACACAUUUAUCUACUCCAACAUCUCUCUAGAGGAAUCGGAAAAGGCUGGAGAAAUUGCUACCAUUCCUCUAACUAAGAUCAUAACGCAGAAGUACCAGCGCUUCUCCUGGGUGGCCGACCUGAUCCAGAUCUUCAUCGCCAUCAGCAUCAGCGUGUCCUUCCUGGUGAUGGGCUCUGCCAUGAAGCACACAAUCGAGGGACUCGUAAGCUCGCAGUGGGACCUCAAGACGGAGUGGUUGUCUAAAAUCAGCAAGUGGACGAUACCGCAGUCCCUGCAGUGGCACAACACCAAAGGUUUAUCCAGCGGCUUCGCCUGCUUCCUCGCCUUCGGAGUCAUUUUCGUCGUGUCCGCUUGCGAUCCGAAGGGAUUCGUGGUGAUGCUGGACAAGGUGGUGUCCUUCUCGCUCAACACUGAAGUUGGCCUGUUUAUCUUUGUGAUGCUGCGCACGUCAAGAUCUGAACGCUUCAAACACCUGAGCGUGCCGCUGCCCUCCUGCCAGAAGAUCUUCCUGCUGCACUGGCUGCUGCCGCUCUACUUCCUGUUCGCCGUGUUCUACGACGUGCUGCAGAGCGUGCUGGAGGUGGCCCGGAGCCUCGCGCACCCCCAGCCCCUCCCCCUCCUGCCCCCCCACCCCACCAACCUCUCCCUGCUCUCAGGCUCGCCGUGAGUGAGGAGCCUCUACUCCUCCAGACAGGGCCGCUCUCAUCUCCCCCAAAGGCCCAGUGAGCAGCUGGGUGAGUGGGAGCCAGAGGGCCCACCGCACACACACCACCACCACUGUCCUCCAAGACUCCUCAGGGAUGAACUGAAGGCCCAGCACAGCCUGACCCCAGAGUGCAGAGGC